CCACCACUUCAACAUGGUUUGGUUAUGUUAUGUUAUGUUAUGGUUGGCAUCUUGAUCCAUAUUCAUAUUCUCUUUCGUGGUGGGUCCAUUCCACACCAUACACACUACACUCCUUCAACACCUUCCUUCUCAAUUCUAAUUCUAAUUCUAAUUCUAAUUCUAAUUCUAAUUCUAAUAAUACACUUCCUUCUCAAUACGACACUGCGCACUAGCACCUUCAUUUCCUUAUAUAGCUUCUCACAACCGCGAUUCUCAACCCUAUUAACAGAUAUUCUUUCAUUUCAUUUCAUUCUUUUCACGCUUCUCUUUUCACUUUUUCCUUUUCACAUUGUGCGUGCGUGCGUGCGUUAUAUAAAUUCUUCCUUAUUAUUAUUAAUUUUUUUUAUUAUUGAUUAAUUAACUAGUGCUAAUUAUUGAUUUAUUGCGAUGGUUAAGCCGAUAUUGUCUUUUUCAACAAACUUGAUUCAUAUCUAACUAACUAUUUCGCAUAACAAAUCAAUGAAGCGUAGAUUUCAGUUACGAUAUUUCAAUUACUAUUUCCGAUUAGUUCCAAAUCCAUUGUGAUUCAUAAUUCAUUAUUACUUCAUUCUUUUACGUCUUAAUUAAAACCAACAACAGAGUAGUAGUGAGAUUACAGUUGUAUUUAGAUCUUACUUUCUUCUGUAUUGAAUCUCAAGUGGAAAAAUUAUGAUUCCGUUCAUAUAUCUGAAGAAGAAGACGAAGUUUGUUGUGGCUUUGGCAUUAUUGUGUAUAAUCACGGUGGAGCCAUGGCGUGUUAACUCAGCAGAACAAAGGCUUCUGGUGAACAUGACGCUCGUUGCCAACGCACGUGAUACUGGUGCUCUUUGUUUGGAUGGAAGUUUACCGGCCUAUCAUUUGGAUAGGGGAUAUGGAGCGGGUCAAAACAAUUGGCUUCUACAAUUUGAGGGAGGUGGGUGGUGCAAUGACUUGCCAUCAUGCUUGGAAAGAGCACAAACUCGCAGGGGUUCUACACGUUACAUGACCAAAUUGGAGGUCUUUUCUGGUAUAUUAAGCAACAAUGCCACCCUUAAUCCAGACUUUUAUAAUUGGAAUAGGGUGAAGCUGAGAUACUGUGAUGGAGCUUCAUUUACUGGAAACAGAGUGUUCAAUAAUGGGACAACAAAGCUUUACUUUAAAGGGCAAAAGAUUUGGGAAGCCAUUAUUGGCGACCUUCUACCCAAAGGUUUAGGAAAGGCACACAAGGCUUUGCUUUCAGGCUGUUCAGCAGGAGGUUUAGCCACCUUUCAUCAUUGUGACAACUUCACCAAGUAUUUGCCAAUUAAUGCUAGUGUUAAAUGCUUGAGUGACGCAGGUUUUUUCCUUGAUGGAAGAGAUGUCAGUUUGAACCACACUAUGAGAUACUUUGUCAAAAGUCUAGUUACAUUGCAGGGGAUUGAACAAAAUCUUAAUAAAAACUGCACCAGUGCGUUGUCCUAUCCAGACUUGUGCUUCUUUCCACAAUAUGCGUUGAAAUAUAUAUCAACACCAUAUUUUAUCUUGAACUCAGCCUAUGAUGUAUUCCAAUUCCAUCAUAUAUUGGUGCCACCUUCAGCUGAUCCCCGCGGGCACUGGAACCACUGUAAGGUGAACCCAGCGGCAUGCACACCAGACCAAAUUGAUACAUUGCAAGGGUUUAGGCUCAGCAUGACUGCAGCUUUGAAACCCUUCUACUUUUAUUCAAGUAGAGGGGGGAUGUUCAUAAAUUCAUGUUUUGCUCACUGCCAAAGUGAAUCGCAAGAAACAUGGUUUGGAGCUGAUUCUCCAAGAAUAAACGACAAGACUAUUGCAGAAGCGGUUGGUGAUUGGUAUUUUAGUAGAAACAGAAGCAAGGCAAUAGACUGUGCAUAUCCAUGUGAUAAAACUUGUCAUAAUUUGAUACCAUAUAUAAACUCAGGUCAUUUGGAAGAGGAUACUGGAAAUUUAUCAACAAGCUUUCCGGUUCUCCUAUCCGAGUUCUCUGAAAAAAGGAUCUAGAAGAAUAUUUUUUUAUUCAAAAGCAUACAAGUAUAUACACAUAGUGAAUGCUAGGCAUAUAGAAAAUUCUUGAUAAAAGAAUGAGAAGAGAAAAUAUGAUUUGAAUGAUACUUUCAAUUAUGCCAUUUAUAGGAGAAAGUUAUUGUUAUCGGUGGUUUUCUUGUUUUAGUUGUAAGCAAGCAAAUGGAGCAAGCAGUUUAGCAGUUCCUUCUAUAAAUAGCAACUGAAAGCAACCUCUGGCA